UCUCUCUAGGCUGCUGGGAGGACUUCCAACUAACCGGAACUUUGGAGUCCAGACUAUUCCCGUCCUGUGCAGCAGAGGAAUGUGGUCUGAGGGCUGACAGUCUAUCUUGGUGGCAUGUGUGCAUAAAAUUUAGACUAUAAGACCACGUCACAUCUUCUCCACCCUUGGGUGGGGGUGAUUUUCUUCCCCUGACUGCAAGGAAACUCUGGGUAAUUGUUCAUCGUUGCAAAGUUGUCAGAGGACUCUGAAAUCACGGAACUGAUCAAUCCCAAAGGAUCUAGGCUGGGGGGCUGUGAUCAACUACAAGAGCAGCUGAAGGGGGAAAGCACUGGUUCUGGCUCACGGUUCCAGGGUGGAGUCAGACCGUCAUAGUGGGGAAGUGAAGAGGGCAGGAGCUGAUCAGGGUGCACCAGAAGUCAGGGAGCAGAGAACAGCAAAUGUUAGGGCUCUGCUCUCGUCCUGUUGUACAGACCACAGCUUUCCUCCCAGCGAAGGCUGCCAUCCACAGCUAAGAUGGGUCUUCCCACAUUGAUGAAUGUAAGACUGUUGGGGUCUGACUUCCCCAACCCCCAGCACAGCUGUGGCCAUCUUGUUCCAGGCCUGCCAGCUGUUUCCUACUGUUGCUGUAACACGGCUAUCAGUCAUUGACACAGAGAAAUAACCUAACUCAGAGCAAGGUCAUGCUGACCACAGACCGUAUUCUGUGUUCUGUUCUGUAGGUUCUGAGGUUUGUUACUCUGAAGGAAUCCCACAAAGCUUUACAUAGAACCCGUCGAGGUAAAGGUCAAUAUGAACUGUUGUGGUUUAAGUCAGAGCUGACCACCAGGUAGAACCUUCUGUGCCUGCGUGUGAGCUCUUUGUGUGUGUGUGUGUGUGUGUGUGUGUGUGUCUGUGUGUGUGUCUCUGUGUGUGUGCGUGUGCGUGUGUCUGUGUGUGUCUAUGUGUGUAUGUGUGUGUGUCUGUGUGUGUAUGUGUGUCUGUGUGUAUGUGUGUGUGUCUAUGUGUCUGUGUGUGUAUGUGUGUAUGUGUGUGUGUCUGUGUGUGUAUGUGUAUGUGUGUGUAUGUGUGUAUGUGUGUGUGUCUGUGUAUGUGUGUGUGUCUGUGUGUCUGUGUGUGUAUGUGUGUGUGUCUGUGUGUAUGUGUGUGUGUGUUUUGUGGCAGACACUGCAGAAUGCUACUAAUAAGCCGAAAAGUUAUGAUAAUAAUAUCAUGUUCUGUCAUCUCAGUGUUCUGAAAUUCCCCUGUUCACCACCCACCCACCACCCCUUACCUUACUCAGGACCAAUCAGCCUCAAGGUUAGCUCAUGAUACUUUACCUAAAAGCCAGUUGCUCCCCUCCUUGCCUUUUACUCUUUGGAACCUGAUUUUCCUAUAAAAAGCCUGCCCUGAAAACAGACUGGUACCACAAUUAGGCUCUUGCCUCCUUUUCGUGGUCCUGAUCUGAUCAGUAUUAGGAUGUGCGUUCAAUAAACCAUCUGGUUCUGACUGAGAUGGACGUUCACGUGGUUUGUGGAGCGACUCCUAGAAAACAAUGAAGACCAAACUGUCAUGCCCUGUGUCAGCUUUUCUAAGGCUAUGAUGAAACACCACAAUCAAAAGGCAAGUUGGGGAGGAAAGGGUUUAUUUGGCAAUGUAGUCUAUCAGUGAAUGAAGUCAGAACAGGAACUCAAGUCAGGUGAUGCGGAUACAGUAUCCUUUCUGUGGCCUCCGAACCAUAGUGAACUCAGGUUACAUGGGGUUAACUUUUCGCAAGAUCUUGGCAUGAGACUCUCAGAGAUACAUAGUUUCAUUUCUCAAACCCUUGUUACACUGAUCAAACAGAGGCUCAUAGGACUUGACCAGGAGCACACAAUUCAUGCUUCCCUCUGUUCUGGAAGUCUGUCCUCUGGAACCAGCUCUUCCUCAACUAUGGAUGAAAUUUAGGACAAAUCUUGGGACUCUCCCAGUCCCUUUCGUGCUACAAAACGUUCCUAUUCAACAACUAAAUGUGUUCGGAUCAGUGUGAUCUCUAACUCAGUUUCCCUCAGAUUUCACUGCUGUGUUGUCAGUUUCCAAGUCGCUUGCCUGCAGUGGUGAAGGUGGGUGUGGCUGGCUCCUUCCAUCAAUCCUUGGCCCCUCCCACACCUAGCAAACCCUGCUUGAUUUCAGAACACUUCAUAGUAGCUUGGGGAAUGGGCUGGAGAGAUGGCUCAGUGGUUAAGAGCAACAACUGCUCUUCCAGAGGUCCUGAGUUCAAAUCCCAGCAACCACAUGGUGACUCACAGCCAUCUGUAAAGGGAUCAUAUGCCCUCUUCUAGUGUGUCUGAAGACAGCUACAAUGUACUUAUAUAUAAUAAAUAAAAAAUCUUAAAAAAAAAAAAAGAAGCUUGGGGGAUGAGGAAAGAGAAGAGGCCACUGGUCUUAACUCGACAGGCCCUGCUGAGUACAGCAUGACAUUGUGUUCUAUGUUUCCGGCAAAGGUUUGAAACUGUCAUCUGUGGACUCACUUUACCAUCUGUCACCUGUGAGCUCCUUGACAUGGACAAAUGUUUGCUGCUUUUUCUAGAUAGUUAUAUAUGUUGCCUUUGGGGAUCGACUCUAGUCUCUCUCUCUCUCUCUCUCUCUCUCUCUCUCUCUCUCUCUCUCUCUCUCUCUCUCUCUGGUCCUGGUACGUCAUGGCCUUGACUUGAACACGAGGGCAAGUAUCCCACCUCAGCCCAUGGAUUUCUGAGGUAGGGUCUAGAACUGGUGGUCCUCCUGACUCCUGUGUGGUGAGAUUUCAGGAGAGUGCCACACUGACACCUGUCCUGUGGCACGGACCUGUUCCUUGAGAAACACAUAGUCUUUCUUUGCUGCAAAUACCUCACCAGGCAGGCUGAGCUCCACAGGGUGGCCCUCUUUUCCUCUGCCAGCUGUCUGUAGUCUACCAGAUUUUCCAAGGGACUCAGAUAGUAAUUGAGUAUAUAACCCAAGCUCCAGGGGACAGAUACCAAACCAUUCCCAAGGCCAUGUUAAAGCCAUUGGGAACAGACUGGGAACUUCUCUGUAUUUUGGUUUCCAGUCAGCCUUUAGGUCAGCCUCGUCAAUCUGGCUCAUACAGUAGAUGCGGGCAAUUUUUUUCCUGGAGUAAAACUGGACUCACUCCCUGCCCCCUCUGUGUGAGAGAAGGAUGUGGUAUUUAUUGAUGAAUAUGAUUAACAGGAGGGUCAGUGAGAACCCCCCAGAGCACAGGGCCUGCCGCUUAUCUAAAGGAUCCAUGAUUGGGGAUGUAUUUGUCCCCACGACUGCCAUGAAUGAGUUGCUGGCAAAGCCCAGAUCUUUGAGAUUUGUCCCCUGGGCAUCCAAGGAACCUGAAGUUGUUCUUUCAUGGGACCACAGUGACAUGUUCUCUUUCCUCAACUUGGUGCAGAUGCAUAUGAGGAUUCGGCCAUUGUGAAUGGUGCCUACUGGCCCUGGGGCUUCCUAAAGGCCGUCUGAAGGUUACCAGUGCCAACACUGGACAGUAAACAAUGCUAAAAGGUGAAAACUUUUUACAUGAAAGCUAUCUUGCUAAGAUCAGCUGUACGCAGACCUGUAAGAGCAUUUUCUUAAUAGUGAUUGAUGGGAGAGGGACUAUCGCUGGGCUGGUGGUCCUGGGUUCUAUCAGAAAGCAGGCUGAGCAAGCCGUAAGGAGCAAGCCAGCAAGCAGCACCCCCCAUGGCCUCUGCAUCAUCUCCUGCUUCCAGGUUCCUGUCCUGAUCUGACUUUCUUCAAUGAUGGACCACAGUGUGGAGGUGUAAGCCAAAUGAACUCUUUCUUUCCCAGAUUCCUUUUUUUGUUUGUUCUUUGUUUUACACAAUGGGGCUUCUUUGAGUAGCCCUAGCUAUCCUGGAACUUGCUCUGUAGACCAGGCUGGCCUGGAACUCAGAGAUCUGCCUGCCUCUGCCUCCCAGAUUCCUUUUGCUCGCGAUAUUUCAUUGCAGCAAUAGAAAGUCUAACUUAGCCAAGGGUAUGUAUGUGUGCAUGGGGGUCCACAUGUGUGCAUGUGCAUGAAGGUCAAAGCACCACACAGAGAGUCUUUCUCAGUUCCUCGCCACCAUUUUUCAACUAUUGAUUCCCCGUGAACUCCACAGCAUGCAGUCUUUUUUUUAAAUUUUUUAUUAUUUUUUUAUGUAUAUGAGUAGUACACUGUAGCUAUCUUCAGACACACCAGAAGAGGACAUCGGAUCCCAUUACACAUGGCUGUGAGCCACCAUGUGGUUGCUGGGAUUUGAACUCAGGACCUCUGGAAGAGCAGUUGGAGCUCUUAACCACUGAGCCAUCUCUCCAGCCCCACAGCAUGCAGUCUUAAUUCUACUCAUCUCCUGGUCCCUCUGCUUCUGCUCUCCACCCUAAAAGAUAUCAGCAAAACACAACAUAUCAAAAUCUUGUCACAGGAGCUGCAGUGUGUCCCACAGUCUACCCUGUUGCCCACACAGCUUCACUUGCAAAUGUUCACUGGAAUGAGUCAUUGGUCUGGUUCGAGGCCUCUGGCUUCGGUUACACCAUCAAUACUGGGGCCUCACUGGGACUCCUCUUGGAUAUCCAGUUGUUGCCCUGUGUCAUGGAGACCCUGCAGCUUUGGAUCUGCAGGACCCGCCCCUUUACACCCUCCAGCAGUUCACAGAUGGGGUGGAUGUUGGGUUGGGCCAACACCAAGCCCUGCAUCUGGGCCUGUGUGGUAGCUGAGUUGGUCAGCCUUCCAGCUCCCCCACACCCACACCACAGAGCCAGCUCUCCAGCACUGCCUCAGGCAAGCUCACCCAGUGUCACAGCUGGCAAGGGGCAGGGCCAGCUCUCCCGCUCUCGUGCCCUCGAGGCCAGCUCAUCCAAAUGCUGCCCAGGUGAGGGGCAGGUGCUGCAGGCAGCAAGGGUCAAGUGGGAAAGGGUUUCUCUCCCUCAAUCACAACAAGGGCAGACAACGGGCGGGGUCAGCUCUCACACUCUCAUACCCCAGGGCAGCUCACCCCCAGCCCCAACCAGGCAGGUCUCUGUGUGUCUUCUGCCUUCCCUCUCCCCCAUGAGAGGGCCACUCCUCUCCACUUUUGUAUUAAGAGAAAAGAUUCAUUUUCUUUUUAAUUAUAUGUAUAUGUGUGUGAGCGCAAGGCCCCUAGGAGUCCAGAGAGGGCAUUGGAUUUCCUGGAAUUGCUCACAGGAGGUUGUGAACUGCCUGAUAACUGUUGCCAAGAACAUAACCAUGGCUCUUCAGAAGACCAGAGCUGCUCUUAGCGGCUGAGGGGCUUCUCUAGCGGAGUCACCUUAUUUUCUCAGAGACUCUUCCUGAACUUGGAGCUCACUGGUUAGCUUAUGAACAAGUGUGAGCGAGAGAGUGUGUGCAUGUGUGUAUAUGUUCAUGUGUAAGUGUAUGUGUUUGUGUGAAAGUGUAUAUGUGUGAGCAUAUGUGUUUGUAAGCGUGUGUGUUUGUGUGAGUGUGUAUGUUGGUGUGUGUGCAUGUUUGUGUGUGUGUGUUUGUAUGAGAGAGUGUGAGAGUGUUGUGUAUGCGUAUGUGUUUAGGUAUAUGUGAGCGUGUUGUAUGUCUGUGUGUGUUUGUGUGAGUGUGUGUUUGUGUGAGAGUGUGAGAGAGUAUUGUGCAUGCGUGUAUGUUUGUGUGUGAAUGUGUUUGUGUGCAGGUGUGUGCACGUGUAUGUGCUUAUGUGUGUGUGAGAGUGUGAAUAUGUGUAUAAGUGUGUGUGAGUGAGUGUGUUUGUGUGCACGUGUGUGCACUUGUGUUUGUGUGUGUGAAGGAGUGUGAGUAUGUGUAUAAGUGUGUGUGAGUGAGUGUGUUUGUGUGCACGUGUGUGCACUUGUAUGUGCUUGUGUAUGUGAGAGAGUGAGUGUGUAUGUGUGUGUGAAUGAGUGUUUGUGUGCAUGUAUAUGCACUUGUGUUUGUGUGUGUGUGAGUGUGAUGUGUGUGUCUGUACUGUGGCGAGGGUUGUGAGUGUGAAUAUAGGAGCUCUGGGAUUCUGACUCAUGUCCUCACACAUGUUCAGCAAAGCACUUUGCUCACUGAAUCCAACUCUCCAGCCCCCAAGUUUAUGAAAGGGCAAAGCACAUGAGACUGUUGAGGAAGCAGAGUCAAGCCUGUGGGCCGCCCCUCACCACCGCACUCUGUUCACUUGGGUUUCCCACAAGCUCUGGGACAGACGCUUGGCAGAGCUGCCAGAUCCCGGGGAAGGUGGUCAUGGAGCCUGCGGUCCUCUGGAGGCCCCGAAGGGAAUUCAUUAUUCCAAACAGCUGACUUCAGUAAAAACGGUCUUCGGUCCAAGUUUCCAAGGGAGGAAAAUCAAACCGUAGCUUAGAACAAAGUCUCAGGCAAACCAGAAACACGCUGGAGAAUGAAAGAAAUGCAGGUGUCAGGCAUUAAAACAAGGGCUGCUUGUGGGCCUCUCAUUAGGGAUGGGAAAAUGUAAAUGCACUAAAGUGGACCAGAGAGGAGCCAGGCUUGGACCUCGAGCCGAGUGAUGGAGCUGGGGCCAAGCUAAAGGAGGAAAAAAAAAUCUAUACUGGCCAGAGACUAAGUUAAUGGAAGAUGUAAUUGAAGCGAAUGAAUCGCUCCACCCAUAGGUGGUGUGGCCCGGUGCCCUUUGAACCACGAAGGCAAGGCAUGGGCCACCGAGGCCCUAAGGGAAAACGAGAAUUGCUUAUCUGUAAGAACAAGGGCGGGACUGAGCCUGGGAACAGAAAAGCUGCGACCAGAGCCUCCUCAAAAGCUGCAGAGGGACGGUGGUUAUUUGCAGACCUCGGGGUCCCUUAGAGGACACGGGGUCCCGCAGCGUCUGGCACGUGUUGGGAGCGGCGUCCCCGGGAGUGUGGGCUAAGCUGUCAGCAGCAAGGACUCUGCACCCAGCCAAGGUAGCCACUGCUGAAGAGUGUCUGGUAAACGCAGUGGGAAUGAACCGCUACACCAUAGAUGUCUCCUCCACUGCCUUUAGCCACAGGGGCUCUGUGACCCACUCUUCCUCGCUGUACUACAAGAGGCUGAACUCUGGAGACAGUCACCUCGUGGGAGGCCCCGCCACUACCACCAGUGGUUCCCGUACCAACCCUGUGCCCUCUGGAGGUUCAUCAACACCUGGGCUGAGGCUCCCAGCUUCCAGCCCCAAGAGGAAUGGUACAGCCAUCGAAGGAAACAGAUGUGCCCCGAGCCCAUCUCCAGAGAUACAGGAUACCAGGAGGCCAAGCAGCAGGAAUCCUUCUACCUGGACCGUGGAGGACGUGGUCCGGUUUGUGAAAGAUGCAGACCCUCAGGCCCUGGGGCCUCAUGUGGAGCUCUUCAGAAAGCAUGAGAUUGAUGGCAAUGCCUUGUUGUUGCUAAGGAGUGACAUGAUCAUGAAAUACCUGGGACUGAAGCUGGGCCCCGCGCUGAAACUCUGCUAUCACAUUGACAAGCUGAAGCAAGCUAAGUUCUGAAGUCCUUACGAGCUGGAAACGAAACCCCAGAUCUCAAGGUUCUGUCUGCCAGAGCAGCAGUCGGCCAACGUCACGGGCUGACAGCCCCAAAGACUGGGUCUUUUUUAUAAAACGUGUGCAUCCUUGCCUUUUCUAACACACCAAGUGGUCCCUUUCAGAGACUCACAUGUGUGUGCGCUGGGCUUGUCAGAAAGAUCACAGAAAGCCUAUUACAUUGAAUGUUCUGACAUGUUGGUCACUCUUUACGGGUGCUAUUUGUGCCAUGACAGAGUGAAUAACUGAAUGUUGUCACCCAAGAAGAGUCCUGGGGAGUCUUAAGAAGGACCCUGUAGGGGCUGGGGAUUUAGCUCAGUGGUAGAGCACUUACCUAGGAAGCGCAAGGCCCUGGGUUCGGUCCCCAGCUCCGAAAAAAAGAACCAAAAAAAAAAAAAAAAAAAAAGAAGGACCCUGUCCCUGCAGAGGCUGUGGGGAUGCUGUCCCGGGAGGUAGUGGCAACCUCUCCCUGUUCCGGGGACGGUGGCAAUCCCUCCCUGUUCUGGGAACUGAGCGUCACUGGACUCAGCUCUGGAAGUUGUCUUCUCAUGACUGCCUCGCCUUGCACUAUCUGGAAAACUUGAAUUUUUGUUGCUUUUUUUUUUUUUUUUUUUUUUUUGUCUGUUCGUUUGUUUUUGUUUUUCUCUGUCAAAGAGAAAGAGGAAAGGAUAUUUUCCGGGCUCUAGCUACUGAAGUACUUCGUUGCUCCACCAGAGGGCAGACUGCUAAUGAGCUUUCAGGAUGUACAGACUGCAUGGCUGGGGUAGGGUGUUUAUAAGCAAGAUCUAGGCUGCACAGGGACAGGGGACGAAUUCCACACUCAGCACCCCAGGUUGCCAGUUGGGAAGAAAUCGUGCUCCAUCAGGGUCCAACUCAUAUCCAUUCCUUACUGACCGACUUGUACAAAUUCAGAAGCAACCAUCUGCCUAAACAAAGACCUGGUGACCCUUCCCUCCCAGAGUCUCACUGAGGCUCCAAUGGGACGACGUGCUGAAGAAUCUUGGUGACACUUAGCUAUGGGUGUUUCUUGGGAAAAAUGGGGGUGGGGGUGGGGUGGGAACUGUCUGAGCAAAGUUUGAAAUGGUACAUGCUGAUUUCUAGUUACAUGACCGCACUCUGUAGCUGGGUCUGCGGCUAAUUUUUCUAGUCUUCAACAAAUACGUGGACAUGUUUUUAUUGGGUUUAAUUCAAUUUACAAAUAGGUUUCUACUCUUCACUGUGAAAUAAUGGGAAAAAAUUGAUUUUCUACCCUUUGCAGCUGUGUCCAGAGGAGGGGGGAUGGGGCCAUGGUUUCCUCGGCAGAAGGGUGACCUCUUUGAUGCUAUUCUUUAUGGAAUCCUUCCCCCACUCCCUUUGUUUAUUCUCGAUGAAUAGAGAACUCAUGGGCACAUCCUUUUCCAUAAGGCACAUCUGGGGAAGGUGAGGGUUAAGGGUAACCCUGGCUGUCCCAUGACAAUGGUAUGAGUUUUAAAAAGGUUUCUUCCCCCAGGUUGCAGUCGGAGCAUGGUCUAGCUGGCAAGGGUAGCCAGACGUCCUGGUCUCUAACAAGACAGACGUAGUCUCUUGGACAGAUCUACCCAUUGUACCAAUCAGUUAGAAUUUAGGUGAAGAACACGGGACACAUUCCAUGCUGUGCUAUAAGGGCCCCCUUUGAUGUUCCCUGUUUGUGGGAGUAUGACCCUGUAAGGUCUGUGUUACGUAUACACCAGUGGUUGGGUUUAAGUACGACAGAGAAGGAGAAAAAAAUGUCCCAAAGCUUCCCGCUGAAUGGAACUUGAUCAGGUUGUGGAUGAGCCGGAUGUCUGUUAUUUUUAGCACGAGGCAGAAAUGACCUUGAAAUAGACCUUGGAGAGACUCUUCAAAAUGUUAAAGCAAUGAGCAGACUCUACCUUGAAGAAGAUUGUUAAUGCUGGGUGCUCGAUGCUGUUCUGAAGUUAGAUCCUUGUCUCAAAAAGCACCAGACAAUUCCCAUGUACAGAGUUGCUGGGGGGAAAGCAUCGAGAUUAGAAAAGUCGCUUCUCGAAAGCAUUUGCCCCUCAAAAGCGUUUGCCCCUCCCUGUAGGCUCAUGGUGCGGCUUCCAGGGACACAGGCUCCUGAAUGACUAGCAGUAUUGAGCUUGCCAAACGCCCUGCCUAAACUGACCCAUGUCUCACUGGUGCCCCAAAUUAAAAUAAGGCCGAACAAGUCAGGGGAGGCCUCAAGCAGUUUUUGAAAGAGAGCUAGGUUCAAGUCUGUGGAAGAACUGGAGCUCUGUCCCCAGACAUGAUGUCUUAUUUCACAUGAAGCCUUAAAUUAGCUCAAUUGUAGGAUUCCAGACAUUUAAGGUUUGGCCAAACAAAACAAAACAAAGCACCAGGAAGCAAUCUCAUUAGUCUGGGAACGAAGGCUGACAUAUCACAGAAGACCCGGCGAAACCAAUUCUUCUUGCCCGUUUUCUCAUGGAAUCUAAUUAGUUGACCAAAUCACUGUAGCAAUACUGUAAGUAUAAUUAAUUUCCAUCCCUCUCAAAAAUCUUGUCAGACAGCGCAACUAAGUAGCUUCUCAAAUGUAGAACAUGCAAGGCUAUUUCCUCUGAGCAGACCUUCAGGGGUCAGGCCAUCCGGGUUACCCUGGCCCGAAUGAGAGAGACUUAAACUCAUAUCUGACGGUUCACACACUCGCUGUGUCUGCCGCACAGCUUGGCCUCAGGUUGUGGUGGGUAAUGAUCACAUUUUGCAUAAUUCCAAAUUAAAGAGUGUGGGUGCCCGUGCUCCGAACAUUUCCAAUUACACUUGGAAACACUUGGUGGGGGGAUCAAGGGACAAUUCAGUGGCCUAAAGCAUUUUAAAUGUUUUAUGAAACACAUUAUUCCUGUUGUGAAGAUUUUAAAUAAAAGGUGUGGCCUGUGUGUGUCUCUGUGUGUGCCUGUGUGUGUGUGUCUAUGUCUCUGUGUAUCUAUGUGUGUCUCUGUGAGUGUCUGUGUCUGUAUCUAUGUGUGUCUAUGUGUGUGUGUGUCUGUGCCUGUCUGUGUGUGCCUUUCCCUGUCUGUGCCUUUGUGUGUGUAUGUGUUUGUGUGUGUAUGUGUAUGGUAUAUGUGUGUCUGUGUAUCUGUGUGUCUCUGUGUAUGUCUGUCUGUGUCUGUGUGUGUGCCUGUGUGUGUGUAUGUCUGUGUAUGUGUCUGUCUGUGUGUGUCUGUGUGUGUAUAUGUGUAUGUGUCUAUGUGUGAGUAUGUGUGUCUAUGUGUAUAUAUAUAUGUGUGUGUGUGUCUGUGUGUGUGUGAGUGUGUGUCUGUGUGUAUAUGUGUCUGUGUGAGUGUGUGUCUGUGUGUGUGAGUGUGUGUCUGUGUGUAUAUAUGUGUGUGUCUCUGUGUAUGUGAGUGUGUAUAUGUGUGUGUCUGUGUGUGUGUGUAUAUAUAUGUGUGUUUGUGCCUGUGUGUGAGUGUGUGUCUGUGUGUGUAUAUAUGUGUGUGUGAGUGUGUGUCUGUGUGUGUAUAUAUGUGUGUGUGUGUCUGUGUGUGUAUAUGUGUGUAUGUGAGUCUCCUACACUGGAGUUGGAAAAUCUAAGAAGUGGCGGGAGUAUAGCCGCUAUUGCAUGUUCUUAAAUAUCUUUCCAGCUUGGUAACAAACGUGGAGGCACUACACAGUCUAAUCUUCCUACCAGCUGUUACUUGUAGGCGUCCCCUCUUACUGUAGCACGGCCUGUCCUGGGACAGCUAGGUAACCAGAACAGUUCUGGGGCCUGGGUUCGGCUGAGUGGAAAUGCCAGACCUGAGGACCUGGAUAUCUGAGAAAGGCGUACUGGGGAGUCCUGGCCAGGAGCAGCUGCCUAAGGGUUUCGGUUAUGUCUGCCCGGGAGGACACAGGCCUGUUAUUUCUCUUCCACAAGAUUGUCAUUUCUUUCCCCUUUCAGAAGAAAUAAAAGAGCAGAGAACACCUCAGAAAAAACUGUGUUCAGAAUUGAAAACUUGGGAAGGGAGGCUGGGCUGAGAGGUUGAGAAACAAACAGAACAUACAGAAUUAUACAUUUCUUAGGAAAAUAGUGCAAUACCAUGUGUGCUCACUGCCCCUGCUCACGACACAGCCACAACCCAAUGAUGUCACAGAAUACUUCUUUAAAUUAAAAUGGUUUAAAUUAAAA